AUGGCUUCGCAAGAAUCCAAGAUUAUACUCUCAACGGUCUGGUCCAAGCUCAGCACACGCAUCUCCAUCCGCGCCCCACAGCUAACGGAUGAGCCUGACAGGUACACGGCGGGCACGCCCAAUGGUCAGAAGAUCUCCUGCACGCUUGAGGAAUUGGGAGUCGACUAUGAGGUGCGGAAGAUCGAUAUAGCGAAGAAUGAGCAGAAGGAGGAGUGGUUUCUGAAGAUAAACCCCAACGGUCGCAUCCCAGCCCUCACGGACAAUAGCUCUGGUCAAGCACUGCAUCUCUUCGAAGGCUCCACAAUCCAGAAUUAUCUCUGCGAGACAUACGACUCCGAUCACCGCAUUUACUUCCCUUACAACAGCGCGGAAUACUGGGAGGCUCAAUCUUGGCUCACGUGGAUGCAAUCGGGUCUUGGUCCGAUGCAAGGGCAAGCGAAUCACUUCUACCGGUAUGCGCCGGAGAAAAUUCAGUAUGCGGUUGCUCGGUACCAGACGGAGACGAGACGGUUGUAUGGGGUUCUUGAUGCUCGGUUGCGGGAGCAGGAGGGAAAGGGGGAGGGGUUGUGGGUCGUGGGUGGCAAGUAUAGCAUAGUGGAUCUAUGUUGCUUCAGCUGGGUCAACUGGGCCGAAUGGGCCGGCAUAGACACCAAACCCUUCCCCGCUCUGCAACGCUGGCUUGGAAUCAUCCAGCAGCGGCCUGCGGUGCAGAGGGGUGUGGAUGUGCCGGAUAAGUUCGAGAUGAAGGAGGCGAUGAGGACGAAGGAGGGGGAGGAGGAGUAUGCACGCCAUCAUAGUAAUUGGGUGAUGCAGGGGAUGAAGGAGGAUAGGGAGAAGCAUCAGUAA